UCUGUACGGAAUCCUCUCCUUCUCCAUCAGCAUUUCCCCUUCGUGUUUUAGCCCGGGUAAAAUGCAUGCCCAAAGCACUAUUUCCAUUGCCAGGUAAGGGGAGGUGAGCUGAUUGCCCUUGGUCAAAUACGUUUUGUUUAUGCUGAAAGAAAUGUAAGAUGUCAAUAUUGCUUCAUAUUCAAGUAAUAUGUUUUUCAAAAAAUAUUACAAUAAUUUCCAAGUAGUCGACACUUACCAUCUUCACAAGCAAAAGUUCAGUGUGGCUCAGCCAAUCAGACUGUAGAAGAGCUUGACGCGUCUCAUUUAGUCACGUGUCAACGUGGAAUACUCAGGAGAUGUAACGUAGCAACAACCGACAGUUGGAUGACGUCAUAGUACCGCGAGAGCGAUUCAAGAGAUCUUACGGAGAAGUCUAAUUUCAACUCGCUCUCGCGGUACUUUGACAUCAUCCGACUGUCGGUUCUUGCAGCGCCGCAUGAAGUCGAACAAGCCUAUUAUCACGUUGCACCUUAAGCCAAUAAAAUAAAAGUGCGCCAGUUUUAAAUUUGUGGGUUGUCUAUCACGCCACUAGCUUAGGCACUGGCUCUAUGGAUUCACUGGAGAGAAAACUUUUGCGUAAAGUUUAUGUUAAAGAAACCAAAAAAUCAUCUUUAAAAUUAAUAAAAUGGUUGCAAUCGACUGGCUUGCUGAGACACAAAAUUAAAUGCAAAAAGUGCAAGAAGAAAAUGAAGAUGGUUGCCUCUCAGUCCAGAGACCAUUACAUAUGGGAGUGUCGACGUAAAAAAUGUGGACGGUUGAGAAGAAGUGUUAGGACUGAGUCAGUUUUCUCACAAUCACACUGCAGUCUAUUCACAUGGAUGAAGUAUAUACAUAGAUUUGCACAGGGUUUACAUCUACGGCAAGUAGACAUGCUUCAAGAUGGCAUUGCAAAGAGCACAGCAACUCUCUCCAUGAUGUCAAAGAAACUCAGAAGAGUUUGUUUAAAAAGCCUAAAAAAGCACCAAAAGAAAAAGAAGCAAAGAGUUGGUGGAGUUAAUGUCCUUGUUCACAUUGAUGAGAGCAAGUUCUGCCACAAACGCAAGUAUGCAAGAGGACGCUUUGGUAACACCUGGAAGAGAAAGAGAUCAUGGGUGUUUGGUAUACUUGAGAUCAAAUCUGCAAGAAGACGUCCCAUUCUUCGUCUUGUGAAGAAAAGAAACAAGGAGACCCUUGUUCCCAUCAUCAAGAAACAUGUGAAACGUCAAAGUCUAGUUGUGAGUGAUGAGUGGAAAGCAUAUGCCAGUCUUUCCCAGGAGGGGUAUAAGCAUGUCAGGGUCAACCACAGUAAAAAUUAUGUAGAUCCACAAACAGGACUACAUACUCAAAAUCUAGAGAGAGCUUGGCAGACCUACAAAAUGCAAAUUUGGCGAAUGCGGGGGAAUCGUUCUGAGAAGACCUUAAAACAACACCUAUGCUUUAUAGAGUGGACCCACUGGUUAGCAAGAACAUAUAAACAUGGUGUACUUGGAAGACUUCUCAAAGACAUAAGAAACAAUUACCACAGAUCAGUUUAGGACCUUUCUGUAAACAUUGUUGGUUAAUCAUAUCACACCAUUUAUUUUUAUUAUUUUUUGGCAUUUUUAUUUUUACAGUUUUAUUUCUACAGUUACAGUUGUUUUCUCCUAUACCACACAUAUUUCUGAAACGUCGGUUUAGACUUUUAGAUUGAUUAUUUAAUUGAAUAAAAAAAACAGUUCUGUGCUACAAGUGCAUGUUUUUUUUAAUAGAAGUGUUUAUUAAUAAAAGAGCUGUAUUUCUCUGA